CGAGGUGCACGCCGAUUUAAAAUAUUUUGUGUUUUAUGAAUUAAAUAGAGCAAAACAAGUAAAGCAUUAGCAGAAAUAAUUAAAAAAUGUCUUCCUCAUUCUUUCUUAAAAAGGAACCUAAGGCGAAUAAAAAACGAAAGCUUUCAAAAGAUCCACGAGCAACUGGUGCCAAAAAAAGAAGUGACAAGAAACAGCCAACAAGCAACGCACCACCAGCACGUAAACGACCGCAGAAGGACGAUGAAGAAAUCGCCAGCGAUGAUGAGUUCGGAAGCGGCGAAGGAGAUGCCACCAAUUUGGUUUUCUCAUCAGAUGAGGUGGAAGAGGAGACACCACAAGACAAACGAUUGCGUUUAGCGAAACAAUACUUAGAAGAAAUUGAAAAACAAGAAGCGGAGCGUGUGGAAGAUCGUGAAUUACAUGACCACGUAGCACAGCGCCUACAGUCAGAGUACCUUGACAGCGUGGGGAAAUUGCGGCGGAAUAUAGCCGGCACUAUUGAAGAUUAUGAUGCAGAGAAUGUGGUUGUGCUUAAACAUAAAAAGCAACAUCUACCAAUGUGCGCGUUUGCCGUCUCACCUGAUGGUAAAUAUCUAUUUAGUGGCGCUAAAACACAAUUCGUGCUAAAAUGGAGCGUACAAGGUCAAGUAAAGCUGGAAGGGUUAUUUAACGUACAACCACACAACGAAGAUGAGAAAAGCGAUACGCAGCGUCGGUCACACGUUACGGCAAUAUGUUUAUCGACUGACAUGAAAUACUUAGCUCUGGCCGAAGGUGGUCGAAACAUACAGAUUUGGUGCCCCAAGGAUCUAACACACUUAAAAACGUUCAAGGGACACAGAGAUGUGGUUACCUCGCUCGUCUUCCGAAAGGAUACACAUGACUUGUAUUCGGGCUCAAAGGAUAGAUCAGUGAAAAUUUGGUCGCUCGACGAAAUGGCCUAUGUGGAGAGCCUAUUUGGUCAUCAGGCGCCCAUUACAGGCAUAGAUGCGCUGAGUCGUGAACGUGCAAUUACCUCAGGAGGUAUCGAUUGCUCAUUACGUAUAUGGAAAAUUACUGAGGAAUCACAACUGAUCUACAACGCGCACCAAAAUGGCAUUGAGUGUGUUAAAUUUAUAAACGAUGAAAAUUUCGUUUCCGGAGGCGAAGAUGGUUCACUCUGUCUAUGGAGCGCAUUAAAAAAGAAACCGCUCUGUACAGAAGCGCUGGCGCACGGUACCCAGAGCAAUGGAGUGCCCAACUGGAUAACGGCAGUUGCUUGUGUGGUGAAUACAGACUUAUUAGCAUCAGGUUCCUUUGAUGGUUACAUUCGUCUGUGGCAGUCCCUUGACAAUUCACGCAAACUUAAACAAAUUUUAAAAAUUCCUGUGCCAGGUUUCAUAAACGCCUUAGCGUUUAAUAGUAAUGGCACGAAAUUAUUCGCAGCCGUUGGUCAAGAGCACAAAUUAGGCCGUUGGUGGCGAAUCAAGGAGGCGAAAAACAAGAUUAUCAUCAUUGAUUUUAUUACAACUCCUAUAAAGGCUAGCUUAAUUUGAAGAAGUAACUAAACGCACUCGUAAAUUAACGCUUUUAAUUGAAUGCCUGAUUUAUUUUUAAACAAAGCGCCUGUGUUGUUCCGCAAUGAGCGUGUUAAAUAUUAAAUGUUAAAGCUAAGUUAAAAA